AAACCAUUAUGGACGGGUGGUCAAUAUUGGAUCCUCACCAUACCCCGGUUUCGAUGCUAUAGCCUAUGUACAGGCCACGGUGCGGCUCUUACACAACCCGUCUCGGCUGCUUUAUGAUAUCUCGACAUGGGGCCCGACCGGCUGGUACCGAGGCAAUCCCCAUUCGCCCAACCCGGGGAUGACGGCUUGUCCCAUGAAGAUCUCGGUCCGCAGCUCAACACCGUCUUCUGGCUGCUUACGACACUCGCCUCUUUCUUCCUAGCCCUCCGACUCUACUGCAAGUUCCUCCGCGGCCGGUCCCUGUGGUGGGACGACCAUUUCCUGAUCGCAUCAUGGGUUUCACUCGUUGUCUCGGCCGCGACCACUUCGGUUUGCGUCAGCCUUGACUAUGGUAAAAACCUCUACGAUAUGCGGCCCGAGAACCUCCCCAAGAUGCCCUUCAUCGCCGUUUUCGCUGGCUUCUUCUCUGUUCUGGCGGCUGCCUGGAGCAAGACCUCCUUCGCCUUGACCAUGCUCAGGCUCAGCGGGGGCUGGAUGAAAGCUGUUAUCUGGUUCAUCAUCAUCACCAUGAACGCCAUCAUGGGAACUGCCAUGCUGUUUAUGUGGAUCAAAUGUCAGCCCUUUGCCAAAGUGUGGGACAGUAGCUUGGACGGCUGGUGUAUCGACCCAAACAAGAUUGUGACCUUGUUUCAGUGGUCGGCUGGCUGGUCCGGCUCCGCCGAUUUGAUCCUCGCGCUGUUGCCCUGGGGCAUCCUGUUCACGAUGCGCCAAUCGCUAAGCGUCAAAGAGAGAUUGGGCAUUGCCCUUGCUAUGAGCAUGGGUGUUGUUGCUGGCGUCGCGUCCUUUGUCAAGCUGGUCAUGUUGCCAAACCUUACGGGAGAUCCAACCGACACAGUAGCCGUCACCAUUUGGGGCAGCGCGGAAGGCGCCCUUACCAUCAUCGCCGCCUCCAUCCCCGUUCUCCGCGUACUUGUCCGCGGGGACGACGGCAGUUACACUGCUAAAUUCGACACAUCUGACGAGCGCCGGCUCAACUCCACAAGCUUAGAGACUCUGAACACAGAGGGAGGGGGCUCAGAGGGGAGCCAAUACAAACACGUUCAUGUUCAUGGGGUAGUAUGAUUGUACGAUUAUUACGGCAGCAUGGUGUCUAUCUCGGCGUUUUAGGAGUCGAAGGUUUGAUUCGGGUUUGACUAGGCGAAUAUCAUCUGCCGUCUCAUGUUCUACCUUUCUGGGGAGUACG